GAGGUGGUGAUGGUGUUGGUGCGCCAAGAAGAGAUCCACAAAAGUCAAAUAAACCUAUCGCACACACCACACAGGACAGAAAGACCAGAGUUUGUUCAGAGAUUACACAAAAUUUUCCUCGAUUUUGCUGGGCAUGCGAUUGGCCAAGUGAUCGUGGAUCCGCGUUCUGCGGAUUGGUUUGGUUCGUCCAGGGUAUAAAUCCGGGCAUUCGGGUGUUGUACGGAUUCCGAGGAGUGCGCGCGGAGUACGCAGCUAUUGCGACGGAUCAAAUUUCAACCUUCGGACAGGGUGCGGAGUGUACAUUCACAGCAGUUCACCAGGAAGAGUAUAAAGUGUAAGACGUCAAUAUGAAGAAGAAGGUUUUAUUGAUGGGCAAGAGUGGCUCGGGCAAGACCAGCAUGCGGUCCAUCAUCUUUGCCAACUAUAUCGCACGGGAUACCAGAAGACUUGGGGCGACAAUCGAUGUCGAGCACUCGCACGUGCGCUUCCUGGGCAACCUGGUGCUCAACCUGUGGGACUGCGGAGGCCAGGAAUCGUUCAUGGAGCAGUACUUUGCCUCCCAGAAGGACAACAUCUUCCGCAACGUGGAGGUGUUGAUCUACGUGUUCGACGUGGAGAGCCGCGAGCUGGACAAGGACAUGCACUACUACCAGUCCUGCCUGGAAGCGAUCCUGCAGAACUCACCGGAUGCGAAGAUCUUCUGUUUGGUUCACAAGAUGGAUCUGGUGGCGGAGGAGCAGCGUGAUAUUAUCUUUAAGGAGCGCGAAGAGGACCUGAAGCGGCUAUCGAAGCCACUGGAGUGCACGGCCUUCCGGACGAGCAUCUGGGACGAAACGCUGUACCGCGCGUGGAGUAGUAUCGUGUACCAGCUGAUCCCGAAUGUCAAGGCGUUGGAGCACUCGUUGAACUACUUUGCCAACGUGGUGGAUGCCGACGAGGUGUUGCUGUUCGAGCGAGCGACCUUCCUGGUGAUCUCGCACUGUCAGCGAAAGCAGCACAGGGACAGUCACCGGUUCGAGAAGGUGUCCAACAUCAUCAAACAGUUCAAAUUGUCCUGCUCGAAGCUGGGCGCCAAGUUCUCCUCCAUGGAGGUACGGAACAGCAUAUUCGCGGCCUUCAUCGAUACCUUCACGAGCAACACGUACGUCAUGGUCAUCAUGUCGGACCCGUCGAUCCCUUCCGAGGCUACGCUGAUCAACAUCCGGAACGCGCGGAAAUACUUCGAAGAGCUGGAGAAUCCCAACAACAGUCUGAGCGCGAGCAAUGCCAUCCACUCGGCGGCCAACCACGCGGCGGCAGCCCACGGCAUGGUCAACGGCGGUUCGUCCAACUACUACAGCCAUCAUCAGCAGCACCAGCAGCUUCAGCAACAGUUCCUUCAGCAGCAACAGCAGCAGCAAUACCACAACGCCAACAACCCGUAUCACUGAUAUUUAAUCAAGAAGAAGUACUUCUAUUUCAAGUAACGUUCCGUUGACGAUCUUCCCCAGGUUAUCUGCUCCUCUACAAAAAACGCGCUACCCCCGCCAAAUCAGUCUGGUCGACCCCCCCAAAAUCCAAAUACACGCGCGUGCGUUCUCCGUAGAUCAAAUCAAAACUCAGUCCGUAAGGACUUAAAAAGAUUAACCGAUGUGUUUUAGUUUAUCCAAUUCACUGUUAUGUAAUAUUUUAAUGUUUAAGAACGAAGUUUAUCAACCUUCACCCCCUCCCCCACAAAAAAUAACGAAUUGUAUUGUUAAAUGAGUCAUUGCUUAAACUCGCGAUUGAUUUGAUCUUGUUUUUACCACUUUCCGUUGACUUGCGAUGUUUGUUUUCGCUUAACAUCGAGGAUGAAUUUAAACAACAACAAAAAAAAAACCGAAUCAGGCAAACGAUAGGAUCAAACCACAAAACUGUUACAAGUGAUUACCGCGAGAAAAGGGAUUGUAUAAUAUUGAACAAAGCAAAUUUGUAGGUCGCAAUGAGGAAAUAAAGAGUUUUUAUAAGGAAAA